UGUUUAAAGCACACUCAAGGCAAACAGAGACAUUUUAUCUUAUCUGAGCAGUGUUUCAAGUGAUCCCCUAACGGCAAUCGCGCCAUGAAAUAGCCAGAUUAAUUGUCUUUUUGCACCGAGCGUGAGUGGUUGCACGUUACAAUGAAGCUUCUCUGCUGGUUGGUCGUUGGGUUUGUUUCGUUUACCCUAUCUCGAGCCGAUUUUGUGGAGUGUGAUUUAGACCUGGACGAUCCAGCAAUACUGAGCCAGCUGCCCCCAGAGUGUCAGAACGUGAACGAAGCGACCAAAGCGUUGAUGCUGACGGAAGCGGCAAGCUUCAAACAGUUCCACCAGAAGCUAUCCGAGUACGAAGCCGCCCAAGCACCCGAGGAUGGCGACGGACUCCACAUGGAUAUGGAGUUCCGGAACGAGCUGUACGCAGCCGCCAAUCUGCACACGUGUCUGAACGGGACCGAAUCACUCGACGCUUACAUACGGUGCGUAACGGACAGGCGCCAAAUAAUGCUCGAUAUGCUGGAGCAGCACACCGCAACAGGAUCCCCCCCAGCAGCUUUAUGAGUUGGUGGGGGUGUAAAGUUGAUCGAUCGCCGUAACGCGCUCGUCGCGUUUGUUCAGCUUGGCCGAAUCGAACUGUAUCAGUAUGAUCAUGAACGAGAGGAGCGCGACAAAGAUCUGCAAACGGAAGGUGAGAACGAGGAUGAUCGUGUAGAAACACACCCCCCGGCCGCUUACCGAGGAUAGUGAAGACAGCUCGAGCUUCAGCAAACCGCAGGCUGUCGGGACGCUCCGCUUUCUGCCCAGCGUCAGCAAUCGCAGGAGUUCCAUCUGCUGUGGAGAUGCGAAAUAGUUUACAGUUUAGCUACAAUCUUCCCCUCUCCGGGGUAACUCCUUUCUGUCCUAAUACCUGAUCCUCACCAACCGUCGCUGCUUUGCCGCUGUGAGACAAUUCGAAUAAAAUAGUGCCAAAGCGCAUUUGCUGCAAGAGACAAA